AGGGAGGAAAGGAGAAGCGGAGCGCGAGCUCGGAAGAGGCGCUGGUCAUGUGACUUCCAGGAAGUUGCCUUGGAAAUGCGGACAGGUGAAGAGAAAUGACAUAAUUUACAUUCCAGCCUUCCGGGGCAAAGAAAGCUGGGGGAAGAAAUUGGAGAAACCUGAAAGGGAGCUAUGCCUCUUACUCAGAGGAGGCAGUCUACUAAGAAAAGCCUUGUGUCACAGUUCACACAUCAUCAUGUUGCUGUGUUCCUCCUCACUUUCUUCAGCUACUCUCUUCUCCAUGCCUCCCGAAAGACCUUUAGCAACGUUAAGGUCAGCAUCUCCAGCCAAUGGACCCCCUCUAGCUUUAAUGACUCUGCCUUCAUUCUUCAACCAAACGAGCUUUGGAACAGCAGUCAUCUAUUUCCUAAUGCUGAAGAAGCUACGUUGUUCCUUGGAACAUUGGACACCAUCUUCCUGUUUUCUUAUGCUGUGGGCCUCUUUGUUAGUGGUAUUAUUGGGGAUCGCUUGAACAUGCGCUGGGUUCUGGCCUUUGGGAUGUGCUCCUCUGCCUUAGUGGUGUUUGUGUUUGGCACUGUUACCGAAUGGCUGCAUUUCUACAACAAGUGGUUCUACUGCUGCCUGUGGAUUGUGAAUGGCUUGCUGCAGUCCACGGGCUGGCCCUGUGUGGUAGCUGUCAUGGGAAACUGGUUUGGCAAAGCUGGGAGAGGAUUUGUUUUUGGACUCUGGAGUGCCUGUGCAUCAGUGGGUAAUAUCCUUGGAGCAUUUCUUGCCUCAUCGGUUCUGCAGUAUGGCUAUGAGUAUGCCUUCCUGGUGACAUCAUCAGUCCAGUUUGCUGGGGGAGUUAUUGUCUUUUUUGGCCUUGUGAUUUCUCCCAAAGAAGUAGGCCUCCCUGAAAUUGGCACAGAAGGGGAGGGUGAAGCUGUUGAGGAAGAUGCCACUGAGCCAUUAAUUAGCAGCCACGAGAAUGAAGAUUUCGAUGAGCAGAAUCACACCAUUCAGGCAUCAGACCUGAGCAGUGGUAGAAAUGCUCCAUCCCAGGCCAUUGGAUUUUUUCAGGCGUGCUGUCUGCCUGGCGUCUUAUUGUAUUCCUUGGCCUAUGCUUGCCUGAAACUAGUGAACUACUCCUUCUUCUUCUGGCUGCCUUUCUACCUCAGCAACAAUUUUGGUUGGAAGGAGGCAGAAGCCGACCAGCUCUCAAUCUGGUAUGAUGUUGGAGGCAUUAUAGGUGGUACCAUCCAAGGUUUUAUAUCUGAUGUGCUACAAAAAAGAGCUCCUGUAUUAGCUAUUAGCCUCAUCUUGGCUAUUGGAUCUCUCUUUGGAUACAGCCGUUCCCCAAAUAAUAAACCUAUCAAUGCUGUUAUCAUGGCGAUUACAGGCUUUUUUAUUGGAGGCCCUUCCAACAUGAUCAGCUCUGCCAUUUCUGCUGACCUGGGACAUCAGGAUGCGAUCAAAGGAAGUAGCGAGGCUCUUGCAACCGUGACAGGGAUUGUGGAUGGCACCGGCAGUAUCGGGGCCGCUGUGGGUCAGUACUUAGUAUCUUUGAUCCAGGAGAGGUUGGGAUGGAUGCAAGUUUUCUAUUUCUUCAUUCUGAUGACCAGUUUAACGGUGGUCUUCAUCAUGCCGCUGAUAGUGAAGGAAACCAAUAUGCUCCUUUCGCAGAGGCGCUUGCGCAGGUUGGCUGGCUGACUCUCUUCUCUCUUCUGUCAGUGGAGGUUUUUUUUUUCCCAAGAGGGAACUUGGCUCUUCAGGAUUUUUGCCUUCAUUUCUUGAUUUACAUCCACAAAGACCGGAUUUGCUGAGAAAUGGCCACCAACACAUCCAUCGCUGAAAGAUUGUCAUCUGAAUCCCGUCUGAAGAUAAUGCUAUGGAAACCCACCACUGGGAAAGAGCGGACUGUCUGCUUGGAAGUCUUAAUUGGGUGUAUCAGUGAGAGAUGUUUUCUCUUUUGAUUUUUACCUCUUGUUUCCAAGGCUUGUGUGUGCGAUUAUCAAGAUCAAAUGAUCAAAUGUUGGGCUUGUGUGUGGGAGAAAAGUUUCUUGAAAGCAGAAAGUGAUUGUGCCUAGAAAAAGUGUUUGUAUAGUAAACCCUUGAUUUAAUGGAUAGGGACCUGGGCAGGGGAAAGGGGUGUCUAUUGAGCUGAAUGAGAUUGUUCAAGGCCAAAAUGUACCUAUACAUGAAAUUACUUUAAUAAUCAUAAAGUAUUUGGUGUCGCCUUUACCUAUGAAGCCAUAGGUAAAAGCCAUAGCUGAAAGUACAAAUAUUUAUACCUUCCCUUACAAAACAUAGUCACCAACUCUUGUAAAAGAGUUUUGAUAUAGCCACUAACUGGCCAGGUAAUUAUUUAUUAACUAUUUUUUAAAAAUAAAUUAUGCACGUGCAGCAGCAGGAAGCAUCUCCUGACCUGACUUGAUCCAUUGUUUGGGAUGAAUUCUGAUAUGGCCUGAAAUGCAGACAAAAAUCCAAAUCCAACCUCUUUUUGUCCACUGCAUUCGAGAUCCAUUAAAACAGAGGAUUUACUAUACUUGCUUUCUUCCUAUUGUGCUCGUUUAUUGGUGGCAAUCUGGAGGUCUUCCAGAUGUUUUUAAACUUUAGGUUCCUUUGUGUCUCUCCCCGUUGGCUCUGCUGGCUAGGGCUAUGGAAUCGGAGUUAGGCAGCAAGAGGAGAGCCACUUUACCCGUCCUGAUGCCAAAGGAAGAUAAUGUGAUUUACAAAGGGAGAAAUCCUUCAGAUUUGCAAAGUGGAGUGGAAUCAUCAAGAAAAAAAAACUUCGCCAGCUGAUGGCUGCUGCCUUUACACAAACCGGCCCUUGUAUAUUUCUUUGUACUGUAAUAAGUUUGGAUCUUUGUGUUGUAAUCCAGGCGCCAAAAAAAGC